GCGCAGGUGCGGAAGUGACGGGGUCAAGUCGCGGAGUCGAUUUUCGUUGCUGGUGCCUAACCAACGGGUCACCAGCGGGACAGGCGCGGAACCGUUCGUCACGGUGGCGGCGUAACGAGUUCUUUCUGAAAGUAGUGGUCUCGUACGGGUGACAAUAAAACCCCUGUCUUCUGUUCGAGACGUCGCGAGGUCUAUCGGUGCCGGGAGCGGAGUCGGAAACCAACGGAACGGCGGAAGAAAGGUUAGGUUAGUAGAGAUGUCUAGUAGAGACUACUCGUCCUCCUCCCGUAGUUCGUCUCGGGCCACUGACUGUAAAGUGUACGUGGGUGACCUGGGCAAUGGAGCUGCCAAGGGGGAGCUGGAGCGAGCAUUCAGUUAUUACGGCCCACUGAGAACCGUCUGGGUGGCCAGGAACCCACCUGGGUUUGCCUUUGUUGAGUUUGAGGAUCCCAGAGAUGCAGAAGAUGCUGUGAAAGGCAUGGAUGGAAAGCUCCUUUGUGGAUCCCGUGUUCGUGUGGAGUUGUCAACGGGCCUCUCCAGGAAGAGCCGUGGGCGCCCAAGCCGACGGCAGUUUGACCCCAAUGAUCGGUGUUACCAGUGUGGAGACCGAGGCCAUUAUGCUUACGACUGCUAUCGUUUCAGCAAGAGAGGCGGCCGUCGCAGCAGGUCUCGCUCUCACUCAAGGUCUCGCUCCAGGUCCCGGUCCAGGUCCCGUGGACGCCGUUAUCACUCUCGUACUCGCAGCCGGAGCCACAGCCGGAGCCGCCGCAGGUCUCCAUCCUAUUCCAGACGCAGGAGCAGGUCUGGCUCUCCAGCCCGUUCCAAGUCCAAGUCCAAGUCCAGGACUCCGGCGAGGAGUCGCUCCAGGUCUCGGUCCGGUUCUGCGCCAAGGCGACGCUCUGUCUCCCGAUCCCGCUCACGAACCCCGCCCGCCAACCACAAGAGGAACAGACAGAGUUAGGUGCUCCAUCGUGGACAGGGGAUGACUGCCACCUAACGACCGCCACAUGACGAUGAGAAGGACAACCGUCGAGACCUCUACCUCCUCGGCACAGAGGACCUGCAUCUUCUGCCACGUCUUCUGCCGCUGCUGUUGGCCAGUAGUGGAGUUGGGAAAGUUAGAGGACAGGGACCUGAGCCCUCAUGAUUAAUGUAGGGAAGUAAAGUAGAUGAAAGAUUAGACCUCUCUCUUGUGCUCUUUGCCAAUGCUCGAGGACUCUGCACUUUUAGCACUGUUAAACUUAAAUGUGGCUCUUAAUCUUUGCCGCUUGAGCAUGAAAAGAGCACAUGAGAGACGGUGUCCGUCCAGCCUGUAAACUGUUCAGACUCAUAGCAGCUAUAACCAGUGAGUAUUAUAAAUGUUCUUUUUUUUCUUAAAUUUCAAUUCCAUAUCCUGAUUUGGCUAGAUCAUGAGAACUAUCCAGAAUAAUAUUUAGCUGAGAUCAGACAAAGCAAAAACCGUUGGUGUGACUUACGGUAAGCAUCUUUGCAGCACAGUUUUGUUUAUUUUUCAUAUUUUCUUUAAAGCGUGUGGUGGGAGCUGAGCACUGCACUGUCACCGCAGCUGAUCCCAGGCCCAGGGUCUGCCAGCUGGCGGUGUGUACGUCCUGCGGGAGGGUGACUAAGCGCUGACCUGAGAUCAGCCUUCGCCUGCAUCUGGUGUUAGACAGCGAGAAAGAGGUCGACCUACUGACCGAACCCUCCCCGGUCACAGUGAAUGGGUGACCGUCUGUUCAACCGACGCACACGCUCAGACGAGAUCAGCCCGCGCACGCUUACAGUUGUUCUACUAGAGCCAGCCUUCAGAUCUACAAGAGGGCUGACCCACACAGAUCAGAGUUCGACAACUACCUUUUUUAACCCAAUACCUACCUACCAGACCCCUACCUACCAGAGUUCUUCGGCCUCUGUCUUAGCUUCUGAAAGUGAGUGAGAGAGAGCUGACGAGAGAUCAGUCUUCAAGAGCCUCCCAGCGCAGUGUCUCUACAAGUUGUAGUCAUCCGUCCUUCAGUCCUUUCAUCCUACGCUUCUCUGUACUUGUUGUUUCUACCACUGUCUCCAAAGGUAACCAAAAUCAAAACCCCCUGACAAGCUCAUGUUGAUGAUGAAAGAAACCUCAUGUUAUCUGGGAAAACUGGUUAUAAUAGAGCUAAAGUUGGGCCUAUAUUUGCAAUAUGUACGUUUUUGCAAUCGCUGCGUAGCAGACGUUCGCAUUAACAGCUGUUAACAAGAAGAAAUUGUUUAAAAUGCCUUCCUUAACUCACCAAGUGCUGUAUCCAGCCAUGUAGAGCAACACCGAUGUUAACUUAAAAAGCUUCUAUUUCUAUCGCCUUUUAUUUGCCGCUCAGCAGGGUUUCCUGGCGGAUGCUGAUGAUAAUGGUUGCUUGCCAAGAGCCUCAGCGUUUGCGCUUCAUGUGGUUAUUGCCUUUACAAGACAAGAAGUCAGAGUACAAGCAACUUCUUCAGCUUCUUCAUCAUCCUCUCGUUUGAAAGAGGGCAGACCAGACGGGAUGGACAGGGGCUUGCUGGUUUCCAUGCUAACUAGAGCAGAAGAAAAAACGUGAUAGACAUAGAAGCCAAACAAGAGUUAACAUUGGUGUUGCUUUCCACUGAUGUGGACAGCUCCUGGCAAGUUGAGCAAUGAAGUUUAAUGCUGAACUGAAAAGUGUUAAAUACACAGCUGUUAAUGCAAGUUUUGACCACGAAGCAAUAGUAAAAACUUGUAUAUAGCAUCUUUUCACAAGCAUGCACAAUGUACAAAUGUGUGGCUGCAUGUGGGAGUGAGUGACUGACUGACUGACUGAGUGGAAGGACGUUUAAUGGGCUGAUAUCUAUGAGGGGGCUUGUCAGAUAUGUUUUUCGUCUUGUGCUGUACAUGUCACAAUAGCAUUAGCAUUUUUAGCUGUUUUUCAAUUAUAGUCUCUAUUCUAGUUCUCAAACUCAGAACAAAAAUUAAUCCAGAACAGUCGCCAACAGUCUUUACUGUCCCAUUUCUGUUUGUAGUUAAAAACACACCCCCACUUAGACAAGAAAUUGUGUAAGCAAUCUGUUCUCAUAGCAAGUGAAGAGUCACUGUCAAGGCUGUCAUUUUCUUAAAUAUGUUUGUUUCCCCAGGAGGUUCAAUUAUGUAUUAAGCUUUUGAACCUGCAGUUACUUUAUCAGAAAGACAAAAAUUAAUUGCGUGGGGUGAAUUUUACACUCAAAGGCAGACACAAAUAAUCAGAUUGGGACUGCGGUUUGAGAAGUCAAAGUUUUCAGUUACCAAAUAAUCAGCAUCCAUCCAGAAUUAUACAACAGGGUGUACAUUGUAAAAAUAAAAAUAUAUGUUAAGUAGUGUGGAAUUAUUUUUCUGAUCAUCCUUCCAACCUCCAAUGUGGCAAGCUAACUCCUUCCUGUUUCUGUUUCAGUCGUUCCCGUACAGGAAGUCCAAACCGAAGCGCUACACCAGCAGAUGACUGAGUGAUGAAGACUAUUAGACACACACAUAGAGACACAGACACACAGACUCACACACACACACACACACACACACACACACACACACACACACACUCUUUCUCUACUUGACAGACCCUCAAGCCCUGCACCAUGUCUGCUUUUACAGCCCUACAGCAGCUUGGUUUUUUUUUGUACUGUCUGCCCAGCCUCUUGUCGUUGAAGUUAAUUUUUCUCCUCAGCGCUGCGGCCUGUGUAUGGCCUCACAAAGCUUAGUCAGUCCGGCAGACAAAUCGGUUUUAAAUGCUCUGUCGCUGCCAUAAGUCAUCUUUCUUCUCAGCUAUUAAGCAAAGUGUAAGAAGCUGAAACUAUGUUAAAGCAAUACUGUAUGUUGCAGUUGACUUUUAUCAGUAGUUCAGGCAGUUAACACAGUAAACUGCAGUUGAAGAUUGUCCAGUUCUUGAAGGUGAGAGGACAUUGUAUCGAAUAACUGCUUUUAUUUCCUAUGCUUGAAUUUGUGAACCUCAAGAUAUUUUUUUCCCUCGUUGAGAAUCGGCAAAGACAAAAUUGGUUUUGUAUCCUGCCCAGUAUGAUUUUUGAGUUCAAAUACUGUUUAUCAUUUCUUGUCAUAUUGGCAUAGACAAAGACACUGGCCUGCAUGCCUGUCACAUUCCUACCGUUUAUUGUGUCUGUUCUGCACUGCCCUUUUUACAAACCCAAUCAGCUUGACUGUGGGUCUCCCCCUCCCCCCAUGUGUUGAUUCCUGAGGUGUUCCUGUGAUUUUUGAUUUUAAAAUAAAUACAGUGCUGAAGUUUGAUUUCUUGUAAGGGCUGCUUUAACUGUUUGGUUCUGUUUCUGGCUUCGACAGCAAGACAGUGGCAGUUUUUAUUUUUGAAUAAACCUCUUCAACAUUC